AUGGAUGUAAUCAGCGAACAAGAUCGCUCGACAAGGAACCCAAGACGGUCAAGUGGUAAUAGCAGCAGUUCAAGAAGUGGUUCAGCGACCGACAGAUGCCGCCAGGAGUUAGACGACUAUGAUGUAGAUUUUGAUGUCAGGCCUCCAAGUGGCACCAACCAUCAGGUAAGUUCAUUAGAAGACCGUAUUAAGUUUGAUUACAUCACUGACUGACUUGCUUUUCUGCACCAAACACUAAAACAAAUUUCUGCAUUUACAUAACUAAAACUUUAUUUCAACUGAUCAAAAAUAGAACGUUCAUAUCACUAUCAAAUUAGUUUCUUCAGUUAUUUUGAGACUUCUUCUCCCCCCUGUUCUCAUCUCCUCCAGGGGAUGAAUUAUUAUAUAGGGCUGGGUUGUUCAAAGCAGGGUUAAAAUAACCCAGGGUUAGUACAAAAUUAAUUUGAAUUCAGAUAUGAAAGCUAAAAAGCAAAUUCAGUUUAAUUCUUUUUGUCUACAAUUUGAUGAUUAAACACCCUAAAUAGAAAAGAGAAAAUUUCCGAGAAAAUGCUUGUGAUGAAAAGAAAAAGAGACCUGGGUUAAUAUUUAAACCUGGGUUAGCGCUAACUGGCCUUCGAACAACUUGGCCCAGCUUGACAAAUCCCUGACAAAUGGGCAAUUCCAGAAAAUAUCCAUACCCAACCACGGACGGCUUCCAUGUUUUAACCCCCCCUUGCCUUCGGAAAUUCCAAAAUGCGCUACCCCCCCAUGCCCUCAGAAUUCCAUAGUCGUGAACCCCCCCUCCCCUUCAGAAUUUCCGGUUUUUUUUUGAAGUACAUUUUCGACUUAGCAACGCCUAUAAGAACAAACGAACAUGAAUUUAUGCCUCCUCAAGGCUGUGAUCUAGCGGCGCCAGGUGACAAGCUUUACUCUUCAGUGACAAGAAAAACCUACGCUAGUUGCCAGGCCGUGCAAACUCCUUUUUAAGUCCGAAUUUGGCUAUAAAAAUAAACACCACUUAAGGUAAUUUUACUCCUCUUUGUUUUCUUGUGCUGUUUUGACGCGUUUACAAAGGAAAAUAGCUCAAACAGACUGUUAAAAUCUUUUGGCGGUCAAAUAUACCGUCCGAGUCGUGUUUCGUCCUUUUUAUACGUCAUGUAGUGCGCAUACAAAAGCGUUCUAAUCUGACAGGCGUUCCUUGGAAGUGAGGGACUGGUGCGAGUUUUUUACUGUUUAUCGGACGGUUUCGGACGGGAGUAACAAGAAAUUUGCAAGGGGUAUUAAAAGAUACAUUUUCAGUUUUUAUUCACGUGACAAGAAAUUCAUCAAGGUAAAUGUGAAACCAACGUUUUACUGUUCACUUCUAUAAGCUAUGAGCGUAAACACGUGUCUGAUCUAUCGAUGCUUGUCUUCUGCUUCCAUGGUCAUACGUUCGUGGUUUAUUUACUUAACUACAAAAGUCCACAACAAUAGCGUUUUCCAGGAACUUACUCUACACUUUCUACUCCAGAAAUCCCACCUGUGGAAUUCCCCAUACCUUCGGUUUCAAAUCGUAAAAUACCCCCCCCCAUGCCUUCAGAAUUCCAUAAUCGUGAAUCCCCCCUCCCCUUCGGAAAUCCUUAAAGCCGUCCGUGGUAUGGUAUGGAUAUUUUCUGGAAUCGCCCAAUAGGCUCCAUUGACUGACUGCAAAUAGAGGUAUAUAGACCCAAGGGAGUUGGGGGGGGGGGUACUUCCUUAUAAGGGGCUAAUGGGGAUAUGUGGCCGAAUGGGGUAGCAUUUUCCCAACUGGAUUGACUAUAAUAGGCUCACAUUUUCAAUAGAGUUUCUAGAACUGGGUCAUACUUUUUUGGAUUUUUUAAGAGUAAGACAGUUCUUGAUAUUUACAGUUAGCAUAUGUACCAGAAUAUUUGUACUGUAGCCUGUGCAAAAUACAGUGUUCUUCAUUCCAAUUAAAAAGUGAGUCAAUUCAUAAAAAUAGAAAUUGACUAAAUUGGGAUCGUGAAAAUUACAUAUUUGCCCCAAAGUGACUAAGGUGGGGGUCGAUAAUUGGCCACAGAAUAGACUAUAUUGGGGUAGGGGUGCUGAGAGGCAAGCGGCACAUACCCAGCAAUAAUUAACCCAAGUACCCCCCCUACCCCCACUCCCCAGAUAUGAUGGUAAAUUGGAGACUUUGUGAGACUGUGAGACCCUGGUUUCAAAAUUUGAGACCGAGACUUAAGGAUCCUUAAAAGUGUUUUUAUCAAUUUCAAGUCCAAUACUUUCCCUCUAAGAAUUCUAAGCCCGAGACACUAAGCGCCAAAAAUUUCGAGAUAAUGGUACAAAUAAAGCCUAAAUAAUAAAAUAACCAAAAAUGCUGGAAUGAAAGCUAACACAGUGGAAGCCCACCAAUAUUUACUGCUUUGUCUUGUAUUAAUGUUGUAAUUUACUGACUCAUUUCGAUAAGCUGUACCCAUGAACCCUGAAAAUUUGUUUAACAAAGACAAGCAAUCGACAAAUCCAAGACUCCAAGACCCUUUGACAAAAAAAUUGUGGCUGCUCGACGCAAAAAUCACCCAAAAAUGGGCUUUGAUACCCUUCAAAAACGCUUGCAAUAUUUUGAGAUUGGGUCAGAAUUUUGCAAGACCCACGUUAUUCCAGGCACCAUUCUAUACCCCUGCAAGUCAUCCAUUUGUGCAUUUGCUAGUAGUUACAGUUGUACUACAUGCGUUUUCAGAAAAAGUAAAAGAGAUAAUAGAGAUAGCCAAUUAUGGUCCUGCUCAUUCACCAACAAGAGCUUGUGGGAUAACAUUCAGAGGUCUGUUUAACAGCUGCCAGCUGCCCGAGAAUAUUAGUGUUAAUGCAUGUAUGGAAUUAAGUGUUUGACUGAGGUUGUUUUUUAAUUUUUGCUAACAUUUGCCAUGUAUACACGCAGGAAUUUCAUUGCAUUCCAUUAAUGCAGGUCACAUUCCACUUGCAGUGAGUACAGGUCAUUGCUCUUUUGAUUCAUUGUUUUAGUCACACACAAUUUUCCCUCAUAAACGAAAACUCUUUUUCUUUCAUAUUUGCAAUUACAUGUAGGGUGAAAAGACUCAUUUUUUUUUGUUUUUGUUUAUCUCUGGCACUGGUCCUGUCUGGGGCAUCUCUUUGACAUAUAGAAUGUGACCUGUAUUUAAAUUGCCAAAAAUUAAAAAACACUUUGCUUUUGUUUCUCAAAUGCAAGAGUCAUUAGACUUGUCCCUUGAGACAAGACUCUCGUCCCUCAAGACACUUGUUUGUCUCUUAAGACAAAACUCUCUUCUGGUUAGAGGUUAGUAAUUUUCUCCUGUCCAGUUUUGUAACUUCAAACCAGUCACUGUAUGAACAACUUUACUUUUUUUCAGCAACCAGGGAAACAUUUAAGUAUAGACACAAGAUUUUCAGAGCUCAGCCUUGGUAAGACAACAGGUUUGACGUGACCAAUAGUAUAGACUAUACCACUGUUACUUAAGAAAAUUUCCUUCAAAGAAGCAUUUGAAGCAUUUAGGUAAUUCAAUAAGAGAUCAAUCAAUCAGUCAGAUAUUCCAUCAAAGAGUCUGAUGGUCCCAUGGAAAAUUCAGCUGGUGUUGAGAAACUUUCAGUGUUAGCAUUUUAGCAUUGUUUAAAUCUAAUGAUAUUGGCAAGGUAUGAAAGCAGUCAAAAAUUAUCAAAGCCACGCCAAAAUGCCAAGACACUUGUUUGAAAAAUCCAAGUUGUUGUGGCAAAAAGUUAGAGCACAAACACUUAGUGGCUUGUUACAAAAAUUAAACGCUUCCUGGAUAUUUUGACUGGAUCUUAAAGAGACCUCAUGAUUAUUUCCUUGGUGCCAUAUCCGGUCCACCAACCAAAUUGCUAAGAAUUUUUUGGAAGAUCUUCAGUCUUUAUGGUUACCAAAGUUAAAAGUGCAUUCCGGGUAAUAACUAUCCAAAGCUUACUUGUGUUCACUGUAAGUAUUGCAUUCACAAAUUGAUUUUUCUAGCUUGAAUUGUUAAAUGAUGUGUCUUUUUUUCCUUUCUAUUAAUGCAAAAGUUAAUGUAUUGUCAAUAUUGUAGGGUGUAUGUUUUCAACAUUAUAUCAUGGGGGUAUUGCAUUGUAACAUAAUAAUAAUAAUAAUGAUAAUAAUUUAAUAAUAAUAAUGGAUUCUUCUUUGGCUUCUCUUGGAGAACCCACAGAGAUAGUUUGCAUUUAUCUUUGUUGCUGAGAGAAAAAUACACAGUUUUAUGAGAUAACCGUCUAGUAAGUUACUUAAUUACUGUUUUUUUUUCUUGUUUAGAAGACUCCUCAUUUAUUGCUGAAAGUGAACGAGAACAUUCCACUCAGCAUAGAUAUGGUGCAAGUAGAUCCACUCCUAGGAACAAGAAUAAUCUGAGCAGGGUACAGGUUCCAAAAGGGAAUUUUUAUAUCAGUUCACCAUUCAAACAAGGCCCAGAAAAAGAUACUAAAGGACCAAUAAUGGUAGGUCAGUGUGACUUAAGAGUGCUCUUUCAUUCAGCUGUAUGUUCGUUCUUUUGUUCGUUCAUUCUUUCAUCCAUUCAUUCUUUCAUCCAUUCAUUCUUUCAUUCACUCAUUCCUUCAAUCAUUCAUUCAUUCAUUCAUUCAUUCAUUCUUUCUUUCUUUCAUUCUUUCGUUCGUUCAUUCGCUCAUUUAUUUGUUCUUUCAUCCAUUCGACUAUCCAUUUUUUUUGUUCUUUCGUUAAAUUCAGAUGACCUCAGCCAAGCUGGUCACCUUGCCAUCCAGUCUUCUCCUCAGUUAAUAUAAAUAACACACUGUAUGGUACAAUGUAGGUAAUAAUAUAUAUAGUGUGUCAAACAUGAGGCACAGUUCAAGGCGUUCCACCAGUGCUGCUCUAGAAGCAUGUGGUAGCCUCUGGCACCUUACUUUUGCUUUCAGCAAUUAGAAAAUAAUUUUUUUUCUUUUGAAAAUUACAUUUGUACAUGUUGGUCACCGUGGAUUUCAUUGGUAGAUAUCACUGGGCUCCCUUCAAUAUUAUUUUUUCUUAGAACACAGCCUUGGCUUCUGGAAUCCCCCCUUUCUCUCUUUUUUUGUUUAAGUGGCACUCCAGGUUUCAGAUGAUAAGGUACUUACCACUUCAGACAGUCAUGUUGAAGCCCAGGUCGCCCUUUCAAAAUUUGCCGGUUUCACCCCUUGAAUGAAAGUUCUACAUGUAGCAGUCUACACUUUCUGCAGUUUGUGUUUUUCAAACACCACACACAAAACUUUUUGAUUUAUCAUAGACUUAUAAUUGUUUGAUAUAUUUUAGAAUUUGUUCUCAACCCUGUUGUGGCGGAAUAAAUCAGUAGAAAUGCGUGAUUAUUCAUCCUUGAACCUCAAGGCAAUUUCUUCUAUUUUAUUCCUCCACGACUCGGAGCCCAAAGUGGUUUUGAAAUAUCAGAAUACUUUGGUCUAUUCACCAGGAAGUAUGGUAAAACCUAGCAAAUUUGAGUGGACACCCACAGGACCUUUGCUGGUGUCCACUUAACAGAGGUAUGACUGCUAAAUACAGGCUGGUUGUUACUGGAAAGGAAAACAUUUAAAACAAACUGAGCCAUUUUUCCACUUUAUAUGGCAUUCACUUUAUUCCGGUUUCACUUUAUGUCUUGUAUCCAUAUUUCUGUCUCAGUCUCCAUUGGUUUCUUGGUAUGUCUCCUUUUCUGAAUGUAACCUGUAUCUCUCAAUAAAAUGAUUUGUUGUGUUUAGGUUGUAGACCCAAGCCAUCAGUUAAAACAGCAAACCGUGGCAGGUGUUUUGAAAGUGAAGAGGCAGCUGGAGAGUGAAAAAAGAGCAAGACAUUUAAGGCUGCAUCACUCACAAUUACAAAGGGGUAACCUCAGACCACUUGGUAGGCCUGUGACAGCAUCUGGUCCAGCCAUGAGCCAGUGUAAAGGCAUUGUGGCUGGUAAGCCUGUGCACUGCAUGUCCACAUUUGUAUGCGUCACAUUUUAAACAAACGAGCUUGGAUUGAGGAAAGCAUAUUUUCCUGGUCGUAAAAUUUCGAGUACUAUACACCGGUACAAACACUUCCAUGCUAUAUGGCUGGGCGGGAGAAGGGUUAUGGCAAGGUGUACGUAUCCAGUUCCUGUAGAAGCCACGGUGGUGCAGAAUCGCAUGCAAAUUUUCGUGGCACCCGACUAUAACAGACUCCCAGGGGACAUGUCAUAGUGCCUGUAUUAAGAGGGCUCUCAGAAAAAAUGUCGAGGACACAUUAAUAAAGUUUCUUAUUAAACUUUAUUAAACGACUACAGUGUAGUGAGAGGGUGAAACAUCGGAAGAUAGACUUACUGAUCAAAAUCCAACACGUCACGCUAAUUUGCUUCCUUUCUUAGUUAUAUAAUCGUAUUAAGCCGUAGAAAUCUUUCAAUGUUUACAAUCAGCACACAAUGAAAAUAGACAGUGCGCCGAUGCACAUCGUUAAACGGGGUUGACGAUAUAUUACAGUCUGUGACUCGGGACACGGAAAAGUGUCCUUUGUCCGUAUUAACCGGUGUCGAUAUUAAGCAGGCUGAGUUUAGAGAAAGAUAUGAGCUUUUGGUAGGGACAAACGAAACUGUGCUUGAUGUACGCGUGUCCGUAGAGCGGGGUUGCACUGUGCUUGUACACGUUACAGAAGUUACAGUUGUAUUUAUUAACGGUUUCUCUCUCACAGGUUCAAGAAGUUACCACGGCUUUACCAGACGGCGCACAAAAUCUUCACAACCCGACGGCGAUUGUCACCUCUCCAACUCGAAUAAUUCGAUGUUUGGUUUGGCAAGGCCCGAUAGUCCUCAUCAGAAGUUGCGUCCAGAGAGUACCUUCCACAAAACUUCGUCUGCGUCUUCAGCCGAUCCAGCUAACGAUGACAGCGAUGGAAGUUUCUCAGAAGACGAAAGUGAAGACAGUGUUGGCGUUGAAAUCCAAGUACCUUAUGAUGAGGGUUUCUCACACUACUCGACGUCUAGAAAUGAAAGUAGCUCAAAGCUUACCAAUACUUGUAAGCCCUAUAUUGAUCCUGCUAAUAGCAAUAGGCCACUUCCAGAUGAUGAUAGUGAUAAGGAAGAGGGUCACUGGGCACGACAAACAAACCAGUGUGUUAGUUGCCAUAGUAAUAAGGGCCGAGGGAAUGGGACCAACAAAGAACAAAUGAAAAACAGAACCAGUUCUCAGGGAAAACAGGCGCGUUUGGGGAGUUGUGAACAUGAAGAAAAUAGAUGCUCAAGCGUUGAUCGAAACUUCACAAGCGAUCUGGUAGAUUGUCUGAACAUUUCAGCUUCAAAUAAAUCGACUCCGAAAAUUAAAAACAGCAAGAAAAAGGAAAGGGGUCGUCUUGACUGUAGAAAAUCAGAGAAUCGUGAAAUUAGGGAGUCUCUUAGUAGUUGUUCUGAACUAGGGAGUGAUUACAAAAUAAUCGAUGUCCACAUCGUGGUUUCAGAGAGACAACAUGCGACAACAGAAGGACAGCAUGUGACAGCUGUUGGAGCACAUGCGACAAGAGAUCAACGCAAUGCGUUGAUAUGGGAAGCUGAAGACAAGAAAACGUCGAAAGGACACGUGAUAACAGACCGACAAAGUUCGGCAAAAGAAGGGCAAAAUGGGACGACAGAGAGUUUUGGUGAAAAUGAAGGAAAACUGAUUCAUGGUAUUAGGAACGAUUUUGUUAAGGUCGAAGAUGUUGAUGACAAGUUGGAAAUCGAGGCCCUAGAUUCUGACCGAAUACCUUCAGCAGAUAUUUUCAGAGUACUUGAUAAUCUGAACCUGAAUACUUCCACGGUGAAGCCUCCAACUGCUGGUAGUAGGUUCAGAAGUAGAAGAGUGCAGUCUGCUGGGCAUGCUAGAACUAAACGUGACUCGCUUUUAAUGAAAAGAGGCAAGCGACCUACUUCAUCAAAAAAACCUGAUGAGAAAAAUAGCCAAAAGAACAGUUCUUCGGAAAAUGAUAUUUCCCCAUUAACCUUUGGAAGAGCGCCGAGUUUGAAACCAGAUGCGAGGGAAAAAAUCCCAGGUUAUUUUACUAAGGAGUAUCAAAAAAUAUUAAAAGAGAAGGAUGCGUAUGGCAAACAGAUGGGUGAAGUGCACAUCGGCGCAGCUCCUUCUAACGGCCUCUGUAUGUCUGUGGUACAUGUAGCAAAGGAUUUAGCAGAAGGUACAUGUGGAAGUGACUUCGGUCAUAAUGAAAACGGCGUAAAAAGUUUGGAAACCAGCUCAAGCUCCAGUGGAAAAGAAGUCGGAAAUAUUUCAGAAAUGCCAAAUACUGAACGGACUACCCUUAACAAGUCUGACUUCAUAGGGCAUGAUGAAGAUAACUAUUUAGAAGGGAUAAACAGUUCUGUGAACUCUGCCUCAUUCGGCGUGUUCGUGACAGUGAAUAAUAACAGAGAAUUGGGGAGUGCUAAAGAUGCAGAAGACAGUAGUUCUGGUGUGGAAUCAAUGUCUAGUGUUACUGAAUGUUAUUCCUUUAAACGCGUUGGCGUUGGUACAUGUAGGAAUAACAGCAGUCAAUACACUCCACGGGGUUACAGCAAAGAAAAUGGCGGUGAACAUGAGAAUGAUCUGGAUUUAAAGAGCACCGUAAAUGAUGAUGGUAGCGCCGGUGGAGAAAGCGUGGUUGAUGAAAAUGAUGGUUUUAGAGACAAUUGCGAUGAAAAUUCCAGUAAUUUGGAGGUGGUAGCUAAGCCGAAACCUUUCUCCGAGUCAAGGUACAGCUCUAUGUAUGCAAACGACGUUGAUACCGAAUAUUUUAGUUUACAUUUUACUUAUUUCUGUUUCAAAAUUAAACCCUCAAUUUCAUUGAUUUAUUUUCUGUUUAUCACUUUUGCUCGGUUGAGGAGGUUGUGGUUGGAGAUUAACCCUUUGAGCCCCAAUAGUGACCAGCACGCAAUUUCUCCUAACAAUGAAUACUGGCCGAUAAAUUAGACAGGUCAUGACUCGUACCCAGAUCUCUUGUUGACUAAGCCGAAGGCGAGAUCUGGUCAAAUCCGAUUUGUACGCGGAAUCGCCUGUCAUUUAUGUGAUAGGUGAUGAAAGAGCGCACACUCGAAAUGAAUCCUCAAUUUUAGCCGUGUUAAACAACCAAUUUGAUAGAGCAGUGAAUUUUUUUUCCAACAAAACGUGGUUACAGGGAGACAACACUCACGUCAUUCGCUCACAAUCUAGCCAAUCAAAAAAUGUAAUUUUCUUACAUGAACAGAUCUCGCCUUCGGCUUCGUAAACAAGAGAUGGGUACGAGAUUAGUCAUGAGAAUGAAUAAAAUGAUCACUAAAGAUGAAAUGUCAUCACGAUGUUGAACAAAUUCUCUCAAGCAAUACCAUUAGAAAUGUAUGAAAAACAAUGUGCAGAAAAUGCAUGUUGAUAUUGAGGCUUAAAGGGAUGGUUAACGGAGGGUGGGCGAGUGGAAGCUAACGGAAAGACGGAAGAGAAUAGCGUCUAUUAUAUGGCUGAAUCCGCGAGCGUGCAAGAUGAAGCGAAUCCCGCAUUCUAGUUGGCUACACGAGCGGGUAAGAUGGGCCUAUCUCGCCUGCUCGGGAUUUCCCGCGUUGGUCCCGCAAGUAAAAAUUCUCUUUGGCCAUAAUAUUAAAUCCUUUAUUGCCCAGGCGUGUUCGGGCAAGAUGGCUGGAUAGAGAGAUUUCCGUGUGACCAUAAAAAUGGUUUGGGAAGUGUUCGUUAUUUGUUUUGUCAGCCAGUGGAUGAAACUAUCAAAACAUGGCCUAUUCGUUUUCCGGCCAAAGAAAACCCUAAUAUGGAGAAGGCAUUGUCCGAUUAGCCAAUCGUGUUGCAGUAUCACGUCAAAGCGAAGUAUCGGUUGAUUUCCAGAAAGUUCUCAGGCAUGAAGUUUUUUCACCCGAGCGUUCGCUUAACCAAGCAAUAGCCAUGCGCGUUUGUAUCCGUUCGAUAAACCAAUCAAAUCGCCCUAUCGUUUGUUGUGUCUGUUUUAUUCGCGCGUUUUCAUUUCAAGGUCAUGCGAAAAUCGCUCUAUUUUCCUCAUUUUGUUGUUUGUUUUUAUUGACUUCAACUUCGUCUUGGUUGAUAAAAAUGGUGAGAUAGUACUUGGCCAAUGUCCAGUCAUCUUGACCUCUUGCUUGCUCAGUAACGCAUAUAAACCACCAAAGGUUUUAUGAUUGGAAGUUUGUUAGUAGAAGGGUUCAAUCUGCUGUACAUGCUAAAAAUGGUUAGUAAAACGUUCCUUUGAGCAAAUCCAGUCGCCUUUAAAACAGACAGGAGACCAGCUUCAGCAAAAUCGAGAAUCUUAUGGGGGAAAAGGACCUUAAUAAUAUCUUGGAAAGUGAUUUCGUCUCAUUGGCAUGUGGGAGAGCGUAGAAUUUGAAGAAAAUGCGAGGGAAAAAAACAGAUUACUUUACUAAGGGGUAUCAAAGCACACUUGAAGAGGAAAAUGGGAACUGUGAUUUGAGUACAUGGCGAUCAGCAAGUGUUUUCCACCAGUGAGGCAAGCUUGACAAUCCGUAACUGAAGUAACUUAACUCUUCGUUUUCUAGAUACCUAAAACAGAAGAAGCAGAUUGCGCCCUUUCCACCUGUCUGCUUCAGUAUCAAUGCAAGACCCCCUGAGGGACAUUUGUAUUAUUUUGCCUAUGGUCCCGAUAUGAACCCUAACAGGUUGGUACACCAAUCUUAUUGUAUGCUGCCUGGUUAGCUCCGGAAUUGGAUAAGCGCCGUUCUGCCUAGCGGGAGGCCGCUGGUUCAAACCCUCACUACACUAACACUCGGUGUCUUUCAAUAACUGAGGAGAAACUGUUGCCCUUGUAAUGACAUUAGCAAACUUUUAGAGACUUUCUUCUAGUCUUCUCGGAUAAGGACGACAAACCAUAGGCCCCGUCUCGUAACCCUCGUCUCGUAAGAUAUAAAUUCUAUGGGACGUUAAAGAACCCAUACACUGUUCGUAAAGAGUAGGCGACAUCUCUCAUCGGGGAAGGGACUGUUAUGGGCCCGCAGUAAUUAGCGCCACGCGCUGGUGCGGUGUCCCUGCCAAGGGUUGGAGAAACUAAGUAAACAAUAAAAAUACCUGUGAAAUAACUACACGUAUACUGUUUAGAAUAUUUCCAGUAUAUUUUUAAUGGCGAAAGUUCGAAGAAAGCAAUUUUUAUCUUGCUUAGGAUCAUAAGAAUUCUCUCAAAUUUCCGUUCAAACAAUUGUGUAGGCAUACUUGCUAACGAGGUUUCCUUGAAUGGCGUUGUCAAGUUAGUCCUGCUUCUGUCCUAGUCGUAAUUAGCCAAAUUUUUGACGCAGAUUUUUUUUUUCACAGAGUUUAUGUACUGGUAUGGCCAGGCCACUAUUAGUGUAUUUCGUUUGAAUUACAAUUAGUCCUAACACAUUGUCUUAAACAGGGGGGUGAUUUAAUUCUUUACUGCCUUCUUCUGUUAAAGGAUGGCUAUAUACUUGCGACGAGAGCCCAAGACGCGACUGUGGGGGAUUCUGUUCGGGUUCCAACUUUGCUUUAACAAGCGAGGUGAGAAUUUCUUUUUUAUAGAAAUGUUAAAAUGAAGAGCGCUGGAUAGGAGGGGGAAAAUUGCCCCUUUCCUUAAUUUGUAGCAUGCUAGUACAACCGUCUCUCUUCGCCGCUAAGGGCCGUUUCGCGAAACGUCCCUAGCGGCAAAGAGCAAGGAAAGACUGUUGUAUUCGCAGGCUACAAUUGUAUUUAAAUUGUUAUUAAGCUCAUAUUAAAGCUUAGUUUCUUUGCUGUAUGGCAAAGUUUUGUUAUGACCAUUUUGAUCAAAAUCUGUUACGCUGGUUGGCAGGUACUUCUGAGGAGGCUGGUGGUUUCCCAAACAUACAGUUUAAUCCAGAACACUCUGUUGAAGGAUGUGUGUAUGUCAUUACAAGUACGGACCUGGCUAUGUUGGAUAAUUGUAUGGGUUAUCCUAAGGUUAGUGACUAAUCGACAAAAUUGCAGAAAAUAUCAUCUAAACUAAAAUGAGUUCCGCACGCAAAGACGCGCGAGAUGCAUCUCCAAUCUUUGUUCAUUUCUUUUCUUGUAGUGGUUGGGGGAGUAAGUAAGUACGUACCUUCUAUAACAGAUCUUAUAGUACAUUGUACUCACUAUCUGUCUUCUCAUUGGCUAAAAGCCUACAGUUAAUAGUUAAUUUUGGAAAUUGGUGCAACUUACAGAUUAGCUGGUUAUCAGAUAACUGAUUAAAGUGUAGGUUGCGCCCGCGAUACAUCAUUUCCCAGGGCAACGUCAAGUUGGCGAUGGAGUGUUUGUCUUUAUUUUCUUCAAUCAUGUAUAAUGAAAUAAUUCUAAGAUUCGUUUUUGUGAUAUCCGGAAUUAUCAAGGUCCAGGUAAGUGUUAUUGGCCAAGGCUUAUGAAGAUGGUGAUCUGAUAUCGGCUAAACAGACGUUGUCCGAAACUCAAGUGUUCAAAAAUUUAUGAUCGAUAUAAGUAAAUCCUUAAAUGGUGCAGUUUUAGUGGGUCUUUAACUAUAAAGUCGUUGCUUUAAAAAAUAAGAAUUCGUCAUUUUUUUCAUAACGUGAUAACACGAAUUAGCCAGUCAUUGACGGGCAUGUAGCGAAGAAAAUGCGUCGUGGACUUGUUGUACGUUCUAGAAAAGACAAAAGCGAACAAACAAAAGGGGAAAAUCUGGAAAGGGGUGAAACAAGACCAUGACUUUUUUAUGCCCUAACUCGACACCAAUGAAAGACAGAAUCGCUUGAAGUAUUUUUUAGUUGAAGUAGUGAGAACACGUUGAAAAAAUAUUUGGACUUGCUUUUCUCUUUAUAGCAUUACACUCGUGCAGUAUUUCCUGUUUGGAUGCUAAAUAGUACCAGUCCCUCUCAACAUGGUGUAGCACAGUUUUGUGUGCCAGCGGUUUUGUACGUUGCUCAGAGCGAGUGGGUCACGGACGGUAAGGGGCUUGUUUUGAGUCAACUGUACUUCUUUAUAUUUGUUUAACUUUUGUUUAUUUGUUUGUUUUCUAUUACAAAGUCUUCAAGUCAUCAAAAAUGCUUGCCUUUCUCUUGCCAGUGUAAUGGGUAGCCCUUUUUCCUGAUAACCCAUAAUGCAAAAGGCUGUGAAAUGUUGCAAAAAUAAUUCCAUUUUUUGUUUGUUUAUUUUAGAAUUUCAAGUCUUAUGCCCGAAACUCCCUUUAACCUUGUCUUAUUUUUUGAUACUGAAGAGCUGGUCGGUCAGACCGAUGAUUUUAAAAUGAAAUAGGCUUUCUCGAGAGUUUUUGCUAAAAACCCCCAUUGCUAAGCAUACUACUUAGGAAAACACAGGUCUGGGUAGUGAGUCUUGAGUAUUACCCUAACCUCUUAUUAGUUACUGGUAAUACUCAAACUCUCGUCACGAAUGGACUUGUCUGGCCUGCUAGUUCUAAAACAAUGGUAAGCGCCGGAAUACCCACCCCCUCCCCCACGGAAAACCUUGGUGCGGUUUUAAAAAAUUUAUAAUAAUAAUAAUAAUAAUAAUAGUAAUAAUAAUAAUAAUAAUAAUAAUAAUAAUAAUAAUAAUAAUAAUAAUAAUUGACGUGCGCAAAGCCUACGACUCCGUCGAUCAUGAUUGGUUCUGCGCAAUGACUGACGUACACAGGCUUCCCGUCUGGCUGGGUGAGGUUAUACGCAAGUUGUGUGCGAGCUGGAAUACUAAAGUGGUAGCUACAACAAGGCAAGGGCGAAAGACUUCUAGAAAAAUAAGGUUCAUGAAGGGUCUACCCCAGGGGGACACUUUGUGUCCUAGACUGUUUACACGGUGCCUGAACCCUGUAGCGUGGCGCCUGCGGGCAACAGAGGGAUACCGGUUAUCCAAGCCUAUAGGAGUCAAAGUCACCGAUCUCCUGUAUAUCGACGACAUCAAGGUUUUUGCUGCCUCCGAGAGCAAGCUGAAUCGAGUGCUGAAAGAGACUAGAGGAGCGAUGCAGGACAUCGGCCUCCACUGGAAUCAGAAAAAGUGCUCAGUGGUACUCGUGAAGAGGGGAGCCCAAGUGCUAGACGAGUCUGGUAUGAGGAUGGACGAGACAACUACCAUCACGGCUCUUGGGGAAGGAAAACACUACAAAUUCCUGGGGGUGCUAGAGAACGUUCGACAGGAUGAACGGCUGGCCCUAGCUUGCGCGGCUAAAGAGUAUCUACGCAGGAUAUCUAUUAUAUGGUCCAGCCCCCUGUCUGAUUGUAACCGUGUGCAGGCAUCUAAUCAGUAUGCACUCCCGGUCCUGCGGUACCUAAUGUGGACACAGCAUUGGCCUCUAUCAGAGUUAAGAGAUGUGGACAGAGCAGCUCGGAAGAUCAUAGUUGAGAACGGUGGCAAGCACCCAGCUAGCCUGGCUUCUUUGUUAUAUCUACCGAGGGAGAAACGGGGUGUAGGCCUGCGAUCAGUCGAACACGAGUACAAGAUCACUAAAAUCAAAUCGCUACUGAAAUUGUGUCAGAACCCGGACCAGACUGUGGAAGCAGUUAGAGAAUUUGAAGAACACGCCAUGGCAUCAGGCCACCAGUCGCUCGUAAAGGAAGCAGCUAAGUACGCUGAAGAACUCAACAUCACACUUCAGCUUGAUACCCUAAAUCCCGUGUGUGUUACAACAAAAGGAAAGGUGGUAACUGCAGCAACAGCUGGGAAUCUGUUGAAGCAAUCUCAAGAGAAGCAGUUCUUGGAGAUCGCUAAAGACAAAAAGUGGCAAGGAAAGUUAUUCCGUAUCAGAUGGGAAGAUGAGAGCCUAAGCAUAACCAGCUGCUUUGCAUGGUUAAAAGGUUGGGCUACAUGCCCUACACAUACCAUCGCGGGCAUGUAUGAAUUGUAUGAGCAGUUGUUACCUACGAAGCUCUACACAAAGGAGAAGACGCAAACCUCCACCGACGGCGAAGUUCUAUGCAGGUUAUGUGGGAAGGUAGCUGAGAGCGUUGCACAUGUACUGGCUGGAUGUUCCUCGUUGGCACAAACCAAGUACCUAUACAGGCAUAAUGCAGCUUUGAAGAUUCUGCUUUUUGAGCUCCUGCGAGAGCGUGGGUUAAUGGAAGAGGUUCCACCAUGGUACUCACCAGUGAUGCCAAAACCAGCUUACCAGAACACCACGAGUGAGGCGUUUUGGGAUAUUCCCAUCUAUGCAGAGCACAACGAAGUUAGAGCAAAUCGGAUCGACGCGCGACUUGUCAACCACGAGAGGAAAGAAGUCUGCACAAUUGAAAUGAGCUGCCCAUGGAUUGAGAGUAGAGCUAAGAAAGAUGAGGAAAAGACACUCAAGUAUGGGCCCAUGAUGUGGGAGCUGACGCAGAGAUACAUUGGUUACAGGGUUGAACAGAACUACGUAAUAAUUGACGUACUGGGGGGUUACUCUAAACACCUAGAGAAGUCGGUGAGGAAGCUACUUGGAGCGAGAGCACGGAGCGUACUUGAGCGGAUGCAGAAGUCGGUCAAACACUUUAAACAUUGCCAGAACAUUUAAGAUAAAUACUUCGUUAGGGCGCUAUGGACUUCAGUUUUUAGGUUUUUUGUUUUUUCUCUAGAAAUCUAGAAACACAAGCUUGCUGACGUUUUCGCUUAGAUUUUUUAGAACGUUAGAGUGUGAUAUUAUCAUAACUACGUUUUUAGUAGAAAUAGCGAAGGUUUUACAGAGUAUCAGAAUUUAAUAAUAUUCUAAAUUGGCUUUUUAAGUAGAGAGAUUUAUAUCACUAUGUAUAAGCUUUUAGUAGAGAUAGCGAAGGUUUUACAGAGUAUCAGAAUUUAAUAAUAUUCUAAAUUGGCUUUUUAAGUAGAGAGAUUCAUAUCACUAUGUAUUUUAGGACUGUAUUAGGUUUCGUCUCGACCUUUUUUUACUUCUAAGUAUAGCUUCUCAAGUGGUGUAGGUUACGCUAUGCACCCUAUACUACUCAUAAUGUGGACAGCAUUCCAAAGUUUCAUACUGCGACGUAAUAAUAAUGAUAAAAUAACCCUCCGAGCAGUCAUAUCUUGUGCUUGUUCUCUUUGCCAGUCGAGAAAGCUGAAAAGCUGAACUUUCCGUCAUAGCUAUUAUUUUGCUGUUGUUCACGGGGGUUUAACUUCACUGUUCAAGUGAAGUCUAUGGAAAACAGCCCUGUCUUCUCUUUUUAUUUGUCGAGUUUUUAUUUUUACAUUUCAAUUCAUUUGUUAUUUAUGCAGAUUCUUCUCAAAAGUUGGACUGCAGUUACAGUGUGAGUCAAUGUAUGAAAGCUUCUGACAUCCUGACACCAAACUACGUCGAGUUCCUUUCCAACGGAGCCACCAGCUAGCAAACACUUGGUAGCUAGAACAGCGCCCGCCUGGCGGGAUCGUCACGUCAGCGCCGUAUUGAGAGUUUGCGCAUCAUCGCGGAGAAUGGGGAGAAACGCUUUGAACUCCCGCCUACCCGAAGACUAGUUUUUUGAAUGUUUAGGUCACUGUACAGACGGAAAUUUUUGGUUGGGUAUGAACAGAAACACGUCAAUCAAAUGCUACUUGGGAGCUCACACGUCUCCCGUUGGAAACGAAGCAAACCAUAUCAUUUCUAAACUGCGCGGUUGUUCCACUACAACUGCAACAUAGCCAUUUCGCUAAAACGUUCAUAAUGUCGGGCUCUGUAAGUGAAUUUGGCUGACAAAUGAUGCUACCUUUCUCUGUUUAAUUUUUUAACACAGUAUUGGUGUCAGCUAAGGGUCUGUUUGCAUGGAGGU